CGUCAAUGCGCCAUGACAAGUCAGUUGUAAACUGAGUUUUGAUUGCAAAAUUUUUCUUAACCAGAACAAAUUGUAUUUAACUACGUUAGGUUUUUAAUAUUAGCUGUUUAAUUAGAAAUUGCACGAAAUUGUGAAGCAGGCAAAGCCAUUGUAAAAUGGUGUACAUAGAUCGAGGUAUAAACUGGAAGAAACCGGCUAUACAAUUAGCUGUAUUAAAUAUGUGUCAACUUCCUGCAUAGUGUAGUUCCUAAUAAAAAAAAAAAGUUUAAAUUCUUUAAAGUACACGUACUGCAAUAUUUAGAAGUGUUUGUUUACUAUUAUUUUUCGCUUGGCAAAAAAUUAUACGUUUAAAAGCUGCAAAAAAGCGCCGUACCAAAUGUAUAUGACCUUCCUAUAUAUUGGCAGAUGAGGAAGUUUGAAUUCGUUAAAGUACACGUACGAUGUGCAUUAUUUAAAAUUUCUUUUGAAAUCAAAACAAUAUACCGAAAAUUAAAUAAAGACAGAAAUUUGCAGCAAUGCACAACUGCGUAUGGCAGCGUUUUGCAACGUCGUCCUUGGAGUGUGUCUCGCGUAUUGGAGAUUUUUACAGGACUUUGGUUCAUUUCGAUAACAUUUUUCAGAGAACUAAUAUCGCCAUUCAUGAAGGAUGAGCAUAGCAGCAGUGGAGGUAAUAGCCGUAGAGGCGGUUGGGGCGGUGGCUUUGGUGGCGGUGGAGGAGGCGGAGGCGGUGGCGGUGGUUCUGGUGGUGGAGGAGGUGGUGGCAGCGGCGGCGGUAGCUUUGGACCUAACCGUCGUAUAGGACGCAUCAAUAACACAUCAAUGGACGCACCUAGCUGUGGCAGUUGUUGUGGAUAAUUGGCAGUUGUGCCCAGCUAUAGUUUAUGAGACUUGACAAAAUAUGAAUGAGCACUGCCUUACAGCAUUUUGAGAUUCGGUAAAACGAAUCAGCUAUAUGUAUAUAACAACAUUUAUAUUAUAUUUUUUUUUGUUUUUCAAUUUUGCAAUAUUUUGAAGAAAAAACUUUUAAACUGACAAAAAUUAAAUACUGAAUGCAUAUAAUGCAUAAAAAUAAUUAUAUAAGUAUAUUGUUUUUCAGUCUUUAUACAAACAUUUGUUUGUUAUAAUAAGAUUCAAUAUCGAAAUUUUAA